GUUUGGGCAAUCAUGGCUUCCCAUGUGAAGCUCAGGAAGGACAAGACUGGCGUGGUGGACUAUGACACACAAAUUAAGGAGGUUCGCUGGCAGCUGGUUGACCAACUGAAAGCCAUGGACGUGCAGCUGGAGCAGAAGAGCCAGCUUCUGCACGAUUUUGCCGACUACCUGCGGCGACGGAGCGAGAUCGAGAGCGAGUACUCGCGAUCCUUGGACAAACUGGCCGAAAGGUUCACCAACCGGAGCAAAAGAAAAGAGGCGAGCAGUCAUUCCGUGGCCCAGAUGUGGUUGGCCUUGCUGUCACACACGAGGCAGGAGAGUAAAGACCAUAACCAGCUGAGUGACAACUGCUCCUCUUUCCUCAUCCAGCCUCUAAACUAUUGCUUGGAGUACACACAGAGGCUGGCCAAGAAGAGUAAAGAGAUCUGCACUCAGCUUCAGGACGGCCUGCUCAAGGUGACCACGGAGCUGCAGACUGCGUGGCGGACGUACUCCCAGUACCACGCCGACUACCUGUGUGCAGACGGGAAGUUGAAGGAGGCGGAGAAACAGGAGGAGAAGCAGAAGCAGAACGCAAAGAAACUGGAGAGGCUCAUCGAGAAGAGGCAAGGAAAAGUCCAAGACAUCUACUUGAAGUGCAGCAAGGCCAGAAAUGAUUACCUGCUCAACUUGGAUGCUGCUAACGUUUCCAUGAAGAAGUACUACCUCCAGGACAUCUCCACUCUCAUUGACUGCGCCGAUACGGGCUACCACUUGUCUCUGGGCCGAGUGAUGCAAGCUUAUCUGUCCAGUCGGCGCCAGGGCCAGCAGAACUUGGACUCAAGCCUGCAGCAUCUCCACAGUACGAUGUCCGGGCUGGACCAGGGCCGGGACCGAGACGCUCUCCUGCAGGACCACCACGUGACUUUUUGUUUGCCCUUUCGCUUCCCCUACCAGCCCCACGAUGGCGACCAGCAGUCUGAGAUUAGCGCCGAGAACGAGAUGAGGUCUGAGCUGGAGACCAGAUUCAAACAGAUCCAGACCAGGCUGACAGCCGUCGCCGAGGAAUCGCAGGAGGCAAACAAGAGCAUGUUAGCAGCCCAGUCGUCUUUGUUGGAAACGAUGGCCGACUUGGACUUGGAGCCCAACAGCAGCCAAGAGGAGAGCACAGACGGCCAGUUAGUCCGGCCCAGUGUGGCGCGCCGCAGAACAAACCAGCAAGACGUAGAAAACCUCUACCUCACUAGAGUCAAAGAGUUUCUGGUGGGCAGCUCUUUGGAGUCCAAGCUGCAAGCGAAACAUGACCUGCUUAAAGUGGCGGUGGAAAAAGGCCGAACGUCAAGUAAACAUCUGCCAAGACACAACGGGAAGUCUGCACGUGUUCGAAAAAAUCCCUCCAGUGGCAAUUUGGUGCACAACCAUAAACUUUUCAGCGGUGACAUGCUGUCCUUCUUGCAGGCGUCAGGUCAACAGAUUCCAGUUGUGGUGGAAAGUUGCAUUCGCUACAUCAAUCUCAAAGGCCUCCACCAUGAAGGCAUAUUUCGGGUGUCGGGCUCUCAAGUGGAAGUCAACAAUUUGAGGGAUGCAUUUGAGCGAGGAGAAGACCCUCUGACCGAGCACACGUCUGACCUGGAUUCUGUUGCCGGAGUGCUCAAGCUGUAUUUCAGAGAGUUGAAGAAUCCCCUUUUCCCCGUAGACAGCCUCACUCGGCUGUUGGAGUACACCUACAUCCAAAACGACGGCGAGAGAGCCGAUCAGCUGAAAAGCGUCAUCUCGUCCUUCGCCGAGCCGCUCAUCAUUGUCAUGAGAUACCUCUUUGCGUUUCUUCACCACGUGUCGCAGUACAGCGACGAGAACAUGAUGCAGCCUUACAACCUGGCAGUGUGCUUCGGUCCAAGCCUGGUCAGAGGGGCUCGGGAACAGAACCAGGAUCAGCAGCUGGACCAGCACGACGCCGUCACCUUACAGCCACAGAUCAACGCCAUGGUCAAGAACUUCAUCGUCCAGCACGAGAGCAUCUUUCCCGGGCCGAGCGAGGUGCGAGGCCUCGUGUACGAAAAGUGCAUGACGCUGGAACAAGAUGACGGUGAGCUAAAUGUGGAGGAAGGGGACGGCGAGGCAGAGUACUGCAGAAUUGAAGUAGAAGCGGGACACCCGGUCAAUCGCAGUCACUCGGCAAAAGGAGCCCUGCAGAAAAACAGCGAGGCUUCAAAAGCCGACAAGACCGGCCAGGCGGACCACCGCAGGUCCGCGUCGGGACCAGCCGGCGCUGGGGUCAGCGUGGCUACAUGCGGGUCAAAGGUCAUCCUCCAGAUUCCAACCGGGCCCCAGAACUGGCCAAGGAGGACUCACUCUCCUGGUUUUGUGCGCAGAGAACAGGUGACCACCUCCCCUGCGGAUGACAUCAAAGUAGAUAAGGAGGUGUGCCGCCAAAUGGACUCAGUCUUCAAAGAACUCGUGUCCAAGCAUGUGCUGCAAGAGUCUCCCUCUUCCUCGUCGUCCUCCCUUGCGGGCGUCCCAAAGGAAAAGAGGGCAUGAGGGGUAGGGGAGUGUUGGGGCGUUGGAAUAGCUGCACACAAUCAUACAAAAUGAAAUUGCAAAAUAUUCAAGCUGUGAAAAUGACUUGUAAAAAAAAAAAAAAAAGUAUUUAUACAUGUAUACAAUAGAUUUACGCGUUGUCAAUGCGAAAGCGCAUUCACACGUUAUUCUGCAAUCUUCCCGUGACUAUUUUCCAUAUUCCUUUCGAUCCCAAAUUUCACUUUCAUAAAAAAAAAAAAAGAAUUCCCUCACCCAAGUUUUUAGGGUUACUUACUUGCAUCGCUUCCAUGUUUCCUGACCAGUACAAACUAUUCCAACUUCAAGUCUCACAUUCUCCAUUUCAACAAGUGAAUUCAUUCCACAGGAUUUUAGUUCAUCAGCAUCCACACACACACACACACAAAAAUGAGAGGCUGCCCAUCAAAACCCCCAAAUUUGGUUCCAAAUGCCAAGUUUAUUUUAUCUUUCAGGCUAAUUGUUUAUCUGCCGUUCCACUGCAGUCCACUGACAUACUUACAAGCGGAUGGACGAAUUCCUCAGGGCUAAAUGCUGCCGUCUGGUGGACAUAUGCGACAACUGCUCAUUUGCAUCCCCGUUUUUGUGCAUUCCAAAGCAUACUUGAAUAUGUACAGUAAAAGAAUGGAAUAAAGUAAACAGAUGAAACUAUUAUAA